AUGGCCUCGUCUUCUUCUUCGCCUCCACGGGAGCCUGCACGAGAAUCUGCACCGGCGCCUCCAGCGGAGCCUGCAUCGGUACCUGUAGGACUGCCUGCACCACAGCGUGCAGCGGAGGCUGCACCGCUGCCUCCGGCGGUGCCUGCACCCAAAUGGGUCAUGCCGUCCGUCUCGAACCUUGCGCAGCUCCUGCCGACGGGCACGGUGCUGGCAUACGAGGCGCUGUCCCCAACUUUCACCAACCACGGCAAUUGCAAUAUCGCCAACAAGGUGCUCACCGGGGUGAUGAUAUUGGUCCUCGCCAUCAUGUGCGUAUUCUUCUCCUUCACGGACAGCAUCGUCGGCAGCCGCGACGGAAAGCUCUACUACGGCGUGGCGACAUGGGACGGCUUCAACGUGUUCAACUUCUCCGGCGACGAAGAGAGGGGGGAAUGGACCGAUCUCGACUUCAAGAAGCUCCGUCUCCGGUGGCUGGACAUCGUCCAGGCCAUCUUCACGGCCGUGGUUUUCCUCACGGUGGCGUUCAGUGACGUGGGGCUGCAGAACUGCUUCUUCCCACAACCCGGCGGGAAUACCCAGCAGGUGCUCAAGAUCCUGCCGCUGGGCAUGGCGAUCGUGUCCUCCUUUGUGUUCACCAUCUUCCCCACCAAAAGAAAGGGCAUCGGCUUCAACGACAUCACUCCUCGCCAGACCGCAAGUCAAUCAAACGCAGUUUGA